AUGGGCAAGUUCGGCGUCACGCGCCUCGCGCUGGCGUCGCCGGUGCUGCUGGCCAUCGUGCGCACCACCGAGGAAGCGGACGCGGGCGCUGCCACCCACGUGGCCACGCUCUUGGCGGUGAACUGCGGCGGCGCGCCCCUCGCGGCUGACCUCAUUGCGCGCUUCUCGCGCACUUUACCCGGCGUAGGCGUUACCCAGGUUUUUAGUUUGACACAGCCAUCAUGUGUAAUUUUGAGUUUUGUGAAAAGAAUUUGCAGAAUUUCUGGUGGCUUGGUUGGAGCAUUUGUAACAUUGGGCAGGAUUGACAUGUCAUUCAACACAUUAGUGCGAGAGAGGAACGCUAUGCUUCCUACAAUUUCAUCAAAGGAUUGGAUUGACAUAGAUUUUGGAAUUGCUGAAGGUGUUGAUUUCAUCGCCGUAUCAUUUGUCAAGUCUGCUGAAGUAAUUAAUCAUUUGAAGAGUUACAUUUCUGCACGGAGCCGUGGAAGAAAGCUUCUGGAAUCAAUGAUAGAGUAUCCUACACCUACUAGGGCUGAGGUUGCUGAUGUUUCUGAGGCAGUCCGCCAGCGUGCAGAUGCUCUCAUGCUUUCUGCACUGCCUGACUGUCUCUUGCUACUACAGGGUUUGGAAAGUGAUGAGGCAGAAGAUGUGAAGUAG